GAUGCAGAUGGGUUCAGGUUCGAGAGGACGGGGAUGUACAAUGGAAGAGGUUGAGGGAGGCGUUGAAGGUCGUCUGGGAUGGCAUGCAGGACUAGGAGGAAGUGGGAGUGGAUAUGGAGGCGGAAUGGCAAAAAGAUGGGUCGCAGGUGAAAGUGGAUAUGCAGAGCAGCUCCCUCGAGUGGUGGAGGAAGAAGAACUGGAUGGAGAGGGACAAGUUUUGCCUAGGUUGCCUCCUAUUAAGAGUUGGUUUAGGGAUUAGAAACUUGUGCUUUUUUGGCCCUCUUUCUUGGGGGUUCAAUUUCUUGCUUCCAUCAUUAGUCUGGCUUGGUUUAUCCCGGUUAGUUGGUUGGAUCUUGCUGUUGGUUUAUACUGCUCUUGACCUUUUGCUUGAAACCGGCUGUUGUGGCAUGGGUGCUAAAAAGGAACGGGGUAGGGGUACGUCGGCGGUCGAAUCGGCGGAGUGAAGAGAGGGAGGGAGCAAAGAAAAACAACCAUAGGGAAAUAGAGUAAGGGAGAUACCACGG